AAUUUGAUAAACACUUGAUAAGACGAUGCCGCCUUCAAGACGUUGAGCGUCGCCGUCGGAUCGGCACGCCACCAUCAGGAUGGUGUCGCCAUCUCGCGGCGCCUCCGCCACCGACUGGGAGGAAAUGUGGCUGAGGUCGCUGAGCAAACCUCCUACGUGCAGAUCGCUGCAGGACCUGCAGGUCAUCUACUAUGGACUCAGCGGCCUUGAGGCGCUGCAGACGCUACGAGACUCCCACAUUCGAACGCUCUGCAAGAUGGUGAGAUACGAGAAGAGACAAGCGAACGACGUUCUCUACUAUACUGGAGAAUUAUCAACAUGCUGGUACAUCCUGCUGUCGGGGUCCGUGUUUAUAGACGGUUCUAUGUUCCUGCCACGAUCGAGUUUUGGAAAAAGAACAGGGGGCAGUGCUCGAAGGCAAAACGAAUGUUUCGUUUUGGAACCGUCAGAAAUGAUUGUCAUCGACUAUCCCGAAAUUGAUCAAAACAGAAGGAUACAAAAUUCUCCGCUAAUGGACCACUCGCAGCAUCGGCCUAUGACCAUUAUGUUCGAUGAUGCACAAUAUAUGCAAAGUAACUUGUCUCGUCCGAGCUUGUACCACAAGUACAGCCGGGGUUCUCAUUCAUCGGACACGAGCUCAGCAUACAGCGGCUCCGACACGAUGGCCUCCAAUCACUCCGAAUUGGACGCGGAAGAGCUUGAUCUCACAGGCCUCGUCGAGUCCGUCGUCGACUCGGAUGAGGAAGACGAUCUCGCCGAGAGUAUGGACAGCCUGACAGUACGCGACAGAGUACGUGACUGUUUAGAAAAGGAACCGACCGAACGAACAGAAGAUGACAUCGAAACUCUUCUGGAAUUCACACAACACCUCAAAGCCUUCACCAACAUGACACUGGCGGUGCGGCGCGCCCUUUGUGCCGUAAUGGUGUUCGCCGUUGUUGAAAAAGCCAACACAACAGUGAUGCAUGAUGGUGAAGAGCUCGAUUCCUGGUCGGUGUUGGUGAAUGGGACUGUCGAAGUGCACAUCCAGGGUGAGGAAAACCAAGUCUUGACCAUGGGUGAUGCCUUUGGUAUCUUGCCCACCAUGGAGAAACUUUAUCACAAGGGAGUGAUGAUCACGAAAUGCGAUGACUGCCAGUUUGUGUGCAUCACACAAACCGACUACUACAGAAUACUGCAUCAAGGUGAAGAAAAUACCCGUAAGCAUGAGGAAGAUGGCAAAUUGGUGAUGGUUACCGAACUGCGAGGUUCUCUAGAGACCACUACCAACAGACGAGGUCAUGUGGUGAUUCGAGCCACUCCACAACGUCUGAUGACACAGCUAAUCGAAGAAAACUCUCUCACGGAUCCCACCUACGUGGAAGAUUUCCUUUUGACACAUCGCACAUUUAUACCAAGUCCAUUGCAUGUGGCAAAUCAACUGCUGGACUGGUUUAGGGAUCCAGAUAUUCGUGAUAGGGUAACUCGAGUGGUACUCCUGUGGGUGAAUAAUCAUUUCACGGAUUUCGAAACAGAUCCUGAUAUGAUUGAGUUUUUGGAAACAUUCGAAUUAGGUUUAGAAAACGAAAAAAUGGUCGGACAACUACGACUACUGAACAUCGCCUGUGCGGCGAAGGCACGAAUACGAAAUGUCAUUUUAGCCCGACCAAAUCGAGACGAACCGCUCAACUUCCAAAUAUUGGGUGGCUUUGAACGAAAUUUCGGAAUAUUCAUAUCGAAAGUCGACAAAAAAUCGAAAGCUGAGGAAGUUGGACUUAAACGUGGCGAUCAAAUUAUAGAGGUAAAUGGACAAAGUUUCGAACAUGUGAGUCACACAAAGGCUUUAGAAAUUCUUCGUGGCGCAACCCACCUGAGUAUCGCCGUCAAAUCGAACCUAUUGAACUUUAAGGAGAUGCUUAACACUCCAGACAAUUCACCUAGACCGCGUGGUCGAAAGCCAAGUGAUAUUACGAAACUGCCGCCGGAUUCUCGGAUGAGGAUAAGCAGCGUCGAUGGUAAUGUGGCUCUUGCAACUGAGGCGCCAGCUUCACAACCAGUCACCAUUGCAAGCCCACAAAAAGAAAGCAAAAAGAUGUUUAUGACUCUUGGUCCAAAGAGACGUAUCCAAAAGGCGCUCAUCAACAUGAGGAUGAAUUUCUUAACCAAAAAUAUAAUUAAUGUGGGUAUGGGAUCGGAUCAAGUGGACAGUGCACCACCGCCAUCCAACCUGGCAAAUAAUAUAUACCAAUCUCAGAGCAAUCCAGACCUGAUGUCCAUCUGUUACGACGAUGUUCGAUGUGCAGAUUAUCCCGAACACGUGCUUAAAGUCUACAAGCCCGAUCAAACGUACAAGUAUCUUCUGGUAAAUAAGGAGACAACGGCCCAUGAGGUGGUGAUGUUGGCUCUUCAAGAGUUUGGUAUGACAGAUCCCAGUAGCAAUUACAGUCUGUGUGAAGUGUCUGUUACGGAUACACUGACGACCAAACAGAAACGCUUGCCAGAUCAACUGCAGAAUUUGGCUGAGAGAAUUGGGUUGAGUAGCAGAUACUACUUGAAAACUAAUGGAAUAACGGAGACACUUGUGCCUGACGAAUUGGCCCCAGAACUAGUGCGUGAGAGCGAUGUCCACUUCCUUCAACUAAAUGCUGUUGAAGUAGCCAUACAGCUGACGCUGCAGGAUUUCAGCAUCUUCAGACAGAUCGAACCUACAGAAUACAUCGAUGAUUUGUUCGAACUGAAAUCGAAAUACGGGACACCUAUGUUAGAACAAUUUGCUGCUUUAGUCAAUAGAGAAAUGUUUUGGGUAGUCAGUGAAGUCUGUGCAGAACAUAAUCCCGUGCGAAGAAUGAAGAUUAUCAAACAAUUCAUCAAAGUUGCAAGGCAAUGUAAAGAGUGUAAGAACUUUAACUCAAUGUUCGCCAUUGUCAGCGGAUUAGGGCAUCGUGCUGUCUCAAGGCUGCGACAAAGUUGGGACAAACUGCCUGGAAAGUACCAGAGAGUUUUUAACGAACUGCAACAGUUAAUGGAUCCAUCGCGAAAUAUGAGCAAGUAUAGACAGCUGAUAAGUGCUGAGCAGACACAACCACCAAUUAUUCCCUUCUACCCGGUAGUUAAAAAGGAUCUGACUUUCAUUCAUUUGGGCAAUGAUUGCACAGUGGAAGGAUUAGUUAAUUUCGAGAAGUUGCGUAUGAUUGCCAAGGAAGUGAGAUCUUUAAGUAAUAUGUGCAGUAGUCCUUAUGAUCUGUUAACGAUGUUAGAGCUUGGAGGCCAACCUGCCAGUAACGCCAUGGUGGCACUUAACCAAUUGACGACCGCAUCGUCUCAGUAUCAUGCACAAGGACAAACAACAGUGAAACGGCGGAAGAAGUCGACAGCAGCACCGAAUCCAAAGAGGAUGUUCGAAGAGUCGCAGAUGGUGCGACGAGUGAAAGCGUACCUGAACAAUUUACAGGUCGAAACAGACGAGGCUCGUUUGGACGAAAUGUCGCUGGAAUGCGAAGGUGCAGCUCCCAGCAGCUCGUCUUCAGUACCAGGUAGCCAGAGGAGUAAGAGGCAUGCAUCGCCCGCUCCUUCCACCACCAGCAGCACAAGUAGCGCCAGUGACGAACGAAAACCCACCCAAAAAUUUGGUUCAGCAUCGCCUCAGGCAGUGAAGAAGCUCCUAGCUCUCUCGGAACCGAACAAAACAAGACCACACCAGCCAAGGGCGCCGCCUGGCCACGGCAUGGCCAACCAACCUAGUCCAAAUGUGCGGCGGGCGCCCAGCGCAACAGGCAGCUACUCGAGCUACGGUUCGCACAGUUCAGGCGGCAGCUCGUCCGGCGGCGGCUGCGGUGGUGGUGGAGUGGGAGGCCGAGCGAUGCAUGAGCGCUCCCACUCUGAUACGCCCACCCCUCUGCCGUCAGUCGCCCUAUCCGCCGAAUCCAGUAGUGUCACGUCGCUAAGUAACAUGCCUCUGCGCAAGACGCAUACCUCCGGUUCUGUAACUUCGUCAGACUCGGGCCACAGCACCAUCAGUCAGGUGACCACCAGCUCGGUGGACGGCCACGCCUACCAGCCGGGCCGGUGUUCCAGCCCCACACGACAUCCACCCCCUAUACUAGGCUGGUAUCCCCGUACUGGUGCUAUGCCCCCUUGCCCCCAAGCUGUGGCCGUAUUGCCCCCUUUACCUCAUGCUUUGCGUAACGCUCCUAGUCGACGACAGCCCCCGACAUACAGCGUAGCUGCGCAAAUGGCUAAACUGCAGCGACUGGGCAGGGCCCAUUCCCAUGAAGGUGUUACCCAGGGUUACCACUACCAUAACGAUCCCGACACCGAUCAAGAUGACGAAGAGACGCAGGUGUCUGCAGUUUGAACAAUUAUUAAUUUUUAGUUAUCGACCAGUGAACCUGAAUAAUUUUUCACAAUACUCAUUUGUUGUGUUUUAUUGCCCAACACGAUUGCGUAGAUGUUUUUGGUACUGAGGCAAUCGAAGCAUUUCGGAGGCUGAAACUAAAUAUUUUGGUUGCCUCCGUGACAAGUACCUGAUUUUAUUUCGGACCGUUUCAGAUCCCAAGCCUUUUAGUAUUUUAGAUAACUUUAUUUAUAAUGAUUAUAGUUUAUAUUAUACAGUGUAUAUAUUUGAAUAUUAAGUUUAGGUUUUUAUUACGUUUUUACCUCUUUGUUUGUAGAAGGGUGGAAUCUCAUAAUUAAAUCUACCAUUCCAAAUUUUUAUGUAAAUAAUGAUAUAUUACACCUAACAUGUAUAACGUUCACUGUAUCAGAUAUUCUUAAAUACAUAUUAGUAUGACGAAAUUCUUAUAAAAUCUGACAAAUAUUCAACAUAUUUUGUAUUAAUCCUUAUGCUUAAUUCCGGACUCAAAUACUGUACUUUAGACUGAUAAAUAUCCUUGCAUGUCAAAAUAUGAAAAGCGUUCUUCCAAUAUCUUAUCGUUAUUGUGGAGAACGCAUUGUAUAUUAACUGUGUUAUACGUCUUUGUAAAAUAACGAUAUUUUAUAUUUGGUAAAAUUGCUUACUUAGUUGCAAUCUUAAUAUAGAUUUUGUGAUUGAACUAGUCGCUCAAUUUUUUGCAAAUAGUCAUAUCGGGACAUUUUGGCAAUUGUACGAACGUCAAAAGCGUGACUUUUUGCAAAUUUAUUUGAUGAUAUUAAUGUAAUAUAUUUUAAGGUAGAUGUAUAUCUGUAUAUUAGUGUACAAAUUUACUUUCAUUCACAUUAAAUGGCUAUAGAAAUAUCCGUCAUUUUAUUUUAAAUGUAAUAAAUGAUUUUAAAAUAAACUUUAAAUGAUUAUG